AUACUUUGAAACUCUCCAUCUUCAUCUUCAUCUUCAUCUUCAUCUUUCUUUCUCUCUCUAAAAAUCUUCCAUUAAUUUGUCCAAUCAUGGGACACUGUUACAGCAAGAAAACAACAUCAUCAGUUGCAGUAAACGACGCCGUUACAGCCGUCGCCGGAGAAAACCCAUCUCCGGCGGAGGUAAGUGCUCCAACGACGCCGUUUCAGAGCCCAUAUCCCGCCGGAAUAAACCCAUCUCCGGCGAGAACUCCGGGAAGAAGGCUUAUGAAGUGGCCAUUUCCGCCACCGUCGCCGGCGAAGCCGAUAAUGGCGGCGUUCCGGCGACGGAGGAGAGAGAGUGGUGGGGCUACGCCGGAAAGAGUGAUAGAGGAAGACCCAGCUGCGAGGAGAGAGAGAGAAGUAGAGAGAGAAAGAGAAAGAGGUUUAGACAAGAAUUUUGGGUAUUUGAAGAAUUUUGGGGCUAAGUAUGAGUUAGGGAAGGAAGUGGGUCGAGGGCAUUUUGGUCAUACUUGUUGGGCUAAAGGUAAAAAAGGGGAUGUUAAGAAUGUUGCUGUUGCUGUCAAGAUUAUUUCUAAAGCUAAGAUGACUUCAGCAGUUGCAAUCGAAGAUGUCCGUAGGGAGGUGAAAAUACUGAAAGCAUUGUCUGGAAACCAGCAUAUGCUCAAAUUUUAUGAUGCAUUUGAGGAUACUAACAAUGUCUACUUAGUCAUGGAACUGUGUGAAGGUGGCGAGUUAUUAGAUAGAAUUUUGCAAAGAGGUGGAAAAUACGAAGAGGAAGAUGCCAAGGGGAUUCUUGUGCAGAUUCUAUCUGCAGUUGCAUUUUGCCAUCUUCAGGGUGUUGUGCACCGUGAUUUAAAGCCAGAGAAUUUUCUUUUUGCUACGAAGGAUGAGGAUGCUCGCCUAAAGAUUAUAGAUUUUGGUCUUUCUGAUUAUGUCAGGCCAGAUCAUAGGCUUAAUGAUGUAGUUGGUAGUGCCUACUAUGUUGCACCUGAAGUGCUUCAUAGAGCAUAUAAUGUGGAGGCAGAUAUGUGGAGUGUUGGUGUCAUAACAUACAUCUUGUUAUGUGGAAGCCGGCCUUUUUGGGCACGAACUGAAUCAGGAAUAUUCCGUUCUGUGCUGAGGGCUGAACCUAAUUUUGAUGAUACACCUUGGCCCAACAUAUCACCGGAGGGUAAAGAUUUUGUCAAACGGCUACUGAACAAGGACCAUAGGAAAAGGAUGACGGCGGCGCAAGCACUUGCUCAUCCAUGGUUACGAGAUGAAAACACACGCCUUCCUUUAGAUGUUUUCCCCUUCAAGUUGGUGAAGUCAUAUUUUCGUGCUACACCUCUCAAACGUGCAGCACUAAAGGCUCUUUCAAAAGCUCUGACAGAUAACGAGCUCUUUUACAUCAAAGAGCAGUUUAAGCUCCUAGAGCCAAAGGAUGGUUGUGUCUCUCUCGAGAAUUUUAAGUCGGCUCUAAUGAGAAAUGCAACUGAUGCUAUGAAAGACGCCAGAGUUGUUGAAGUUUUGACUAUGAUGGAACCAUUUUAUAUCAAGAAGAUGGAUUUUGAAGAGUUCUGUGUUGCGGCAAUCAGUGUAUAUCAGGUUGAGGCUCUCGAAGAUUGGGAUAAAAUUGCCACCACUGCGUUUCAGUAUUUUGACCAGGAAGGUAAUCGUAGGAUCUCGGUCGAGGACUUGACCAGGGAAAUGAACUUAGGUCCCACAGCUCAUGCUUUAGUUAAGGAUUGGAUACGAAGCUCUGAUGGACAUAUCAAUUUUAUUGGUUUCACCAAAUUCUUGCACGGUGUUACAAUACGAAGCUCCAAUACAAGACGUCAAUAGCUUUUGAGUACUAGUAGUUUACUUGCAGGGUAUUAAAGCACACUUCCGUCUAUUUCUAAUACUGUAUUAUCAAUGAUACGGAGUGAUGGGGUUAAGCAACCCCUUGGUGGGGAGCAUUUGAGCUUCCCCUACCUCCGCCCCCCAAUUUUGUCACCUCUGAUGUUGUAAAUUCUCAAUGUGGGGGGAUGCAUAUAUACUUAGUAAGAUUGGGCAAAUCUGAUUGUAACAUUCAGCUGUUUCAUACAGCCUGUAAAUUAGUUGUUGCAGCAUAAAAUCUGAUGCUUGAAGGUUUUCUGAGAAA